AAGUUUACACCCACACGGCUAUAAAUAAGGACUGGCGACUGCUCACUCAGCCUCCCUUCCCCAGCGGUGACAGCACCAGAGCCUCUCAGACACCUGGACCAUGGACCCCCGGGAAUGCACCUGCAUGUCUGGAGGAACCUGCGUCUGCGGAGACAACUGCAAAUGCACAACUUGCAGCUGUAAAACAUGUCGAAAAAGCUGCUGUCCUUGCUGCCCCCCAGGCUAUGCCAAGUGCGCCCAGGGCUGCAUCUGCAAAGGGGCCUCAGACAAGUGCAGCUGCUGCCCCUGAAAUGCAUCCAUUGUGCUGGGGAUGAGACCUGGAAAGCAUCUAUAUAGUGCAGCAGCUGAGGAGUUGGAACGACUGUACAAUAGGUUGUACUUUUUAUAUAUUUGCCCCAGUCAGGUGGUGGUGACAUUUACAUAAAGUGCUUGAAGCAAUAAAGUUUUCACUUGUG